GAGAGCAGACGAUUCAAACAAAAGAAAGAGACAAGAGGAGAGGUCAUCGUAUGAGAAGAGAGAGAGAUUUCACCUUUUUUUUACAUAUUUUCUAUACGCUGGUGUCGGCAAAUACUAUUCUGACUUUCCUCCCUCCCUUCAACUAGUGGAUUAGUGGAUACUCUUUUUUUUGCCUUCUCCAGACUUUAUACUAUAGAAACAACUGGGGCAACUUCUGAAAUAAUGAGAAAAGAGGAAGUAACUGUGUGAUCUAAAUGUUGAACUAUCGGGUUGUUUUCCCAGAGUUUUGGUUGUUCAUCUCUUUCCUUUGACAUAUCUGGACGGCGUUUCCCACCAUGGCGAAGAGGUGGAACCUCAUGAUACUGGCUGAUGUCUCCUCGUACAUAGGAGGCAGAGUUCUGCAGACACCCAUGUUGAAAUAUGGUGCAGACGCUGUUGGAACAAUCUGAGGAAAUGAUGUGCUGUACCUCUCCCUCAUGGUGGUCCUGUCGACACACUGCCCUAAUGGGCAGGUUCAAUUGCCUGGGAAGGGAAAAAAUUGCAUUGAUGUCGAUGAAUGCGCUGAAGACAUAAAGCGAUGUGGAAAAAAUGCGACCUGUCACAACACAUUCGGCAGCUUCUAUUGCCAAUGUGAUGUUGGUUUCAUAUCAACAUCACAGAGUUUGAAUUUUUCAGCGGCAGAUAAUGAAGUGUGUAAAGACAUCAAUGAGUGCCUGCAAGACAAAGACAUCUGUGGACCUAAUGCCAAAUGUCACAACGCAAUUCCACAUUAUUCCUGUAGUUGUCUCAAUGGAUUUUACUCCACGAAUGGAAGCAAAAGCUUUCGCGGCAGUAAAGACAUUACCUGCCAAGAUAUUGAUGAAUGUCAAAAUGGGAAUGUUUGCGGCCAAAAUGCAACAUGCGACAACACACCAGGAAGUUAUCAAUGUGUGUGUAACAGUGGCUUCAGACUCAAAUCUGGCGGAUUUAACUUCUCUGGCAGUCAGGAGCAAUGUGAAGACAUAUGUAGCAUUGAUAAAACAAUCUGCGGAAAUGGAACCUGCCACCGUGGAGCCGACGGCCAUUUCUGUGCAUGCCACACAGGGUCCACUAACUAUGGCCACAAAGGGAAUCGCUGCACCGCGUUAAACUGUGAUGCAUUCAAAGUUUUGAAUCAUCUGCAGGAGAAACAGGAUCUCAUGGUGCAGUUGGAAAAAGGUUGUCUCAACCUCACAGGAAGCAAGGAUCCAAAAGAGCUGGGCGGAAAGGACAUAUUGGAGCGACUGUUGUCUCUGAUCGACGAGCUCUUGUCCGGCGGAGCCUUCAACGAUAACAGGAAAGUCUCCACCUUUCUGAACCUGGUGGAGAACGUUCUGAAACUCGCAGCGGCUUUCAUUGAGCCCCCCGGGACAACGAGAUCCUCCACUCACACAGAGCUGGAGCUGCUGGUAAAGAAAGGGGCUGAUUUACCCAAGGGAGCUGUGACUUUGUCAUCCAAGCAAGCUAAACUGGACCUUCAGUUGGAGACUGCUGCCGGAGAUUCUUCCUAUUACCCUGGCUUCACAACAGUGUACCUGCUGGGCUAUGCAAACCUGGAGGACUUUACCAAAGGCUUCUUUGGCAGGAUGAAACCAGAAGCGAACCACCGCUUUGAGCUCAACUCCAACGUCGUGACUGUGUCCGUCAGUAACAGAAACACGAGCCACCUCGAAGUGCCGGUCAAAUUGACUUUAUACCACCUCAAACAGACAAAUGAAUUCGACCAUACCUGUGUGUUCUGGGAUGCCUCGGAGGAAGGCGGGUCAUGGUCUACCCAAGGCUGCCAAGUGGUCGAGUCCAAGGCCGAAUACACCGUGUGUUCCUGCAACCACCUUAGCAGCUUUGCUGUGCUCAUGGCGCUCUACGACGUAGAGCAUACGUUUGAAUUGCAGCUGAUUACAUGGUUGGGUCUGUCCCUUUCACUCAUUUGCCUGUUCAUCUGCAUCCUGACGUUCUCAUUGAUUCAAUCCCUCAAAAGCCCACGAACCACCAUCCACCUGCACCUCUGCAUCAACCUCUUCAUUGCCUUCAUCAUCUUCCUCGCAGGCAUAUCUCGUACGGAGAACCGGGUUGGCUGUGCAGUGGUAGCAGGGCUGCUACACUUCUUUUUCUUGGCAGCAUUUUGCUGGAUGUGUCUGGAGGGCAUUCAGCUCUUCAGGAUGGUAGUCCUGGUCUUUAACACAAACUUCAGAACCCUCUACAUGCUGGCAGGAGGCUACGGAGUCCCAGCUGUCAUUGUUGCUAUCUCCGCCUUAGUUAACGCCAAGGGAUAUGGCACCGAGAGAUAUUGUUGGUUGGACCUGGGAUUCAUUUGGAGUUUUUUUGGCCCUGUCUGCGUCAUCAUCACUGUGAACAUCUUCUUCUUCCUCAUCACUGUGUGGAAGCUGGCAGAGAAGUUCACAAGUUUAAACCCUGACCUUGACAAUCUGCACAAAAUAAAGGUGUUCACCAUUACUGCAGUGGCGCAGCUGACUCUGUUGGGAACCAUGUGGAUCUUUGGUUGUUUCCAAUUCAAUGAAGGCACAAUAGUCACGUCUUACCUGUUCACUCUCUGUGGCAGCUUUCAGGGGGUUAUGCUCUUUGUCAUGCAUUGUCUGCUUUCCAAACAGGUGAGGGAUGAAUAUGGAAGGAUCCUGUCCAGAUCCUCGGCUCCUUGGUCGAAGAGUUACUCAAACAUCAGCAACUCGCACACCAGCAAAGCUCAUGGAUCAAAGAGCACCCAGGACACGGGAGAGUCUCGCAUCUGAGCACAAAGCGACUCCGCAGCUAAUUCUGAUGUAUGCGCCCGACUACUAACCUGCCGUUUGUGGUCAAUGCACCGGUUGGCUUCACUGCAAAAUGUUGUAAAGAGUAUCCUCCUUUAUAUUUUUUUAUACCGUUUGUUAUUGAGUUGCUACUUGUAAAUCAAGUUAUUUAAAAUAAAACAGUUGACUGUUAUAAUUUCACACAAACGAUGAAUUUCCGUCAAGAAGAGAAAUUACGUUUGACAGUUGUUAAGCUAACUCUUGAUUACACCACAUAGUGUGCUGUAAUUUCAUGCCCACAUUUGUUUUAUUUAAGUAUUUAAGAAUCAUGAUAUGUUUUGUAAUCGGGCCUGUCGUGUCGUUCAGGUACUUGAUUUAAACCAGCAGUGACAUUUCUGCGGACAAGCACUUUUUUCAGUAGAACUUUAAACUUUAAAUUGAUAUUAUCUUAAUAUGACCCGCAAAGAGAAGGACAAUCGUAUGACAAAAAAUAUUUGUGUAUAUAUUUCUAGGCAAUGCAGUGGGUAACAGAUCAAGUGACUGCUCUAAUCAGCAUGCAACACGUGUAUUACAUGUAUUGCAUUACACUAUAUGAAAAAAACGUGCUUAGUUUCAAAACUUGAAUGUUCAACAAGAACUUUUGUUGUAAGCACUGGUUUUAGCUAAAUUCUGGUUUGGUUCAUUUAUGUAUCUUGUAUUUUGAAUUUCUGAUUUACAUUUUCUGUCCUUUGCCAUUUUAAUUGUUUGAUAUUGUGUUUUCAUACUUUCAUGCCUCUCCUGCAAGCUUCAAAUGAAAAUAAAUGAGCGCCUCG